UGUGCAAUGAGAAACUGAUACAUUAAACGCGAGGGCAAGGAUGACUUUGAGUGUCCAAUGCUAGUGUGGAAACGAGGCGGGAUUUAGGGUAACCAAGGCAAGACUCAGUCUAGUAUAAAGGGAAUAACAUGGAGUCCCAGAGGCUGUUUAUGUUUACUUAAAGAACACAUUCGAGGGGAGCGUAUUUUCAGACUCAGCGCCCUUUUUUUAUAUAGAUAUAUAUAUAUAUCGUUUGAGUUUUUGUAAACUUUCUUUAUUUUCAUGUCCAGGUUCACUUGCUCAGUGGCAUGUGAAUCUGCUACUUUACUAAUGUGCCAGUCUUACAAAUGGAAAGGGGGCUUCACUUUGGAAGCGUGAGCAUUACCCCGGUGCUCCUGCUGCUGCUGCUGCUGCUCAAGGCGCUCGUAGGUUUCGGGACUCCGCAGGCUCAGGGCUCCGCCACCGGACUGGAGCCCCGGUCCGAAAUCCGGGGUUUGACGGAGGCCACCUUGGGGGAACACGGUCCCAGCGCAGCCGUGGAGGAGAGCGGCUUGGAGAACGCGGGCAGCCCGGCGACUGGAGCUGACGUGACCGUGGAGGACGACGACAAUGGGUCGGCGGGGGAUGCCGACGAGUCCCGGGGAGAAAGUGACAGAAUGGUUCCGCCUGCGAGGUCACUCGUGAUCAUCAGUACCCUGGAUGGCCGCAUCUCGGCGCUGGAUCCUCACAACCAGGGCAGGAAGCAGUGGGACCUAGAUGUUGGCUCAGGGUGCUUGGUGUCCUCCAGCCUCAGCAAACCUGAGGUAUUUGGCAAUAAGAUGGUCAUACCUUCACUGGAUGGUGCCUUGUUCCAGUGGAACCGGGACAGGGAGAGUAUGGAGGCCGUGCCUUUCAGUGUUGAGUCGCUGCUGGAGUCCUCCUACCGCAUCGGAGAGGACACUGUCCUGGUCGGGGGCAAGUCCCUCACUACUUAUGGUCUGGGGGCCUACAGUGGCAAGAUUCGGUACAUUUGCUCUGCGGGAGGCUGCAGUCGAUGGGGGGACGAAGAGAUGGAGACGGAGGACAUGCUCCUGCUGCAGAGGACUCAGAAGACAGUCCGAGCCAUCAGGCCUCGAUCAGGAAUGGAGAAGUGGAACUUCAGUGUUGGGAGCUUUGAGCUCAAACUUGUCCCCGAGAAGCAGUCCGGAAUGAACUUUCUGGAGGGAGACGUAGGGAGCGAUGACGCCUGGAACGAAAGCCAGCGAGUCAUCAUCGAUGAACCAAAGGAGAGGGAGCAAAUGGACAACAAGCAGAACCAAAACCAACAUUUGGACCUCGUCAUCAAAGUGUCUGUUCCUGAUUGGAAGGUCAUGGCCUUCAGCACCGAGCCCAACGGACAUCUGGUCUGGGAACACCAGUUCUGCACACCCAUCGCCUCUGCCUGGCUGGUGGGCGGGGGUAAAGUCACACCGAUCAGCCUGUUUGAUGACACUGCCUACAGCAGCCAAUCAGAAGCUGAAGAGGACGAAGAGGAGAAUUCUGAUAAAGCCCAGGGUGCUGCAGAGUCGAGUGUCUACCUCGGGAUGUUUCAGGGACAGCUCUACCUCCAGUCGUCAGUGAGAAUCUCUGAAAAGUUCCCCUCUAAAGCCAUCGGAUCGGAGAAAGAUGUCAUUUCUCUCCCCGUUGUCAAAUGGAAGCCGCUUAUACAGUCCCCAUCUCGGACUCCAGCUCUGGUCGGCUCUGACGAAUUUGAUAAGUGUCUGAGUAAUGACAAGUAUUCCCAUGAUGAAUACAGCAAUGGAGCCUUGUCCAUCCUUCAGUAUCCGUACGACAACGGCUACUACUUCCCCUACACCAAGAAUUACCGGGAGAAACGGGAGAGCGCCAUUAGCCUGAUUAAGGGAAACGAGGCGGGCUCAGACAUUCGUAGGAGGAAGGACCCGGUGCUGCUGCUGCCCUGGUGGAAGGAGAUCCUCGGCACCAUCCUCUUCUGCAUCGCUGCCACCACCUACGUCGUCCGCAAGUUCUUCCACCCUCCUGCCCCCGUGGCCUACGUCAGGCAACGGAAAGAGUCUGAGACGCAGUGCCAGACCGACAGCAAGUUUGACCUUGAAGUUGUAGAAUCCAAAGAGCAGGGGGUCUUGGAGAGCCGCUUCAGCGAAUACGUGUCCAGGUACCUGACAGACUUCGAGCCCGUGCAGUGCCUUGGCCGAGGGGGCUUCGGCGUGGUCUUUGAAGCCCGCAACAAAGUGGACGACUGCAACUACGCCAUCAAAAGAAUCCGCCUGCCCAAUAGGGAGCUGGCCCGAGAGAAGGUGAUGCGAGAGGUGAAGGCCCUGGCCAAGCUGGAGCACCCGGGGAUUAUCCGUUACUUCAACGCCUGGCAGGAGAGCCCCCCCGAGGGCUGGCAGGAAGAAAUGGACCAGAGGUGGCAUAAGGAUGCCAGCAUCACUGACUGGCAAAUGAGCAUCCUCGACCACAUGGAGGUGCUGUCAGUCAAGGUCCCAGUGUCCAGCUCUGUGUCUCCUACCUCUGGCCCUCCAGGAGAUGCUCUGGAGGCGUCUGGCGAUGGCCCAGGCCUCCUCUCCAACAGCACAGUCGGCUUCGGGGCCGACGACGGCGACCUGUCCUUCCAGCCGCUGCUCGGCCACGACAGCCUGAUGUCGGAGAGGGACAGCCAGGCCGACCCCGACGCCUCAGACACCCCCAACUCCUUCGAGCUCUGCCCCCCGCGCGGCCCCAGCGACUGCACCUCUUCGUCCUUCGACAUCGUGUUCGAGGACUCUGGCUGCGAUCGGGAUGCGGAUGCUGACACGGACUCGGGUGCGAGCGCGACCAGUCCCAAAACGCUGACGGAGAAGAGAACGACUUCUUCUUCGUCGCACACCAGACAGCAGGAGCCUGUCACUCCCUCUUCCUCCAGUCCUCCACGACCGACCUCGCUCACCCUGGCUCUGCCUGCAGCGUCACCAGCCCAGCGCUUCCAGCCUUCCCCAAAGGUGUACCUGUACAUCCAGAUGCAGCUCUGCCGGAAGGAGAACCUGAAGGACUGGAUGGCUCAGCGCUGCCUGCCGGACCAGAGGGAGCUCAGCCAGUGUCUGGACAUCUUCCUGCAGAUCGCUGAGGCUGUGGACUUCCUGCACAGCAAGGGUCUCAUGCACAGAGACCUUAAGCCUUCUAACAUCUUCUUCACCAUGGAUGACGUGGUGAAAGUGGGAGACUUUGGCCUGGUGACCGCUAUGGACCAGGAGGAUGACGAGGAGGAGCCGAGCGUGUUGACGCCUGCGCCGCUCCUCACCCGGCACACGGGCCAGGUCGGGACCAAGCUCUACAUGAGCCCCGAGCAGCUCUCUGGUAACUCGUACUCUCAUAAAGUGGACAUUUACUCGCUGGGUCUGAUCCUGUUCGAGCUGCUGUAUCCCUUCAGGACCCAGAUGGAGCGAGUGAGGACGCUCACAGAGGUGAGAGAGCUGCGCUUCCCAGAGGUGUUCUCCAGAAACAACGCUCAGGAGCUGAGCAUGGUCCGCAGCAUGCUGUCUCUGAGUCCAGGCGAGCGUCCCGAGGCAGCAGACAUCACUGCCAUGUCCCUCUUCCAUGAGCUGGAGCUGCCCUGCCGGCUCGCCGUCAGGCAGCGCUCCCGCACCUACAGCUCCUCUUCCAUGGGCCGUCCCUCACGGCAGACGCCGUCCAGCUGAAAGUCCAUGGGUACGACCUGCCACGCCCCAGCGCCGUUCGCCUCAGAACUCCCCGUCUGCUGACCUGCCACCCAUGAGGGGGCCCCUCCUGGCCAUCAUUACUUUGUGAUCCCAGAAUAGCAACAAUAACUUUUAAAUAUAGACAAUAUCCUGCACAGUUACUAUAGAAAACACGUGUCAUUUACUGUUCAUGCAGCAUUAUACUAUUCCCCGUUUCACCCUUAAAAGGGAAAGGUUAUUUCAAAAGUGGAUGGACUUAGCUGAAGUUGCACUGCAAAAAUGGUUUUGUGGGUAUUUGAAGGAAACUGAACGCCAGACGGGGAGCCUCUACAGCUUUCAGCCAGCUCUGUGUAAACCUGCCCAGUGAUUUAUUUGCAGUGUUCACCUGGGAUUUUUUCUGUAAAAAACUGCCACUUUCUUUACUGGCCUAACAUGGCAGAUAAAAUCAUCCUCAACACCGAAGUCGGUGACAGCAAUGCUAAAAAGAAAAAGAUCGGGUCAAAACAUGCUGCUCGCUCCCAACAUUGAGCCAGUGUUCAAUCACACAUGCUACACCUCAGGUAUCAAAACCAAGGGGACACUCCAAAGUGGCCUUUGAUGCUUGUAGGAACACCAGGUGGUGUUCUCACACACAAUUUGCCUGAUUUGGGAGACCAAAAAAAAAAAAAAAAAAGACCAUCUUUUUUCAUAAUCAUUUUUUAAUACAAGACGAUGUUGUAUUGCGUAAAAAGGAGUUUGAGUCCUGUCCAUCAGAUGUACCUUGCCUUUAGAAAGGGGCCGUUUGCCCUCUCAGAGUGACUGCCGAGCCCUCGGCUCAUGUCUUUUUGCAUGUAUCAGACAGGACAACGAGGGAGUGAAUGUGAGCUUUUUUUUAAUCUUAAAGCCAGUGCUUUUCUCUGUGUAAAUUUUCCAGAUCGACUCCGAGGUGCUCAAUCCUUUUCUAACACCUCUUCUUUACUAUCUGUACAUAGCUGAAGGCAAAACCUUGUGUAAAUCCUUUUUUUGUUAAGAUCAAAUUGACUGAUGUUGUAAAUAUCAUAAGGCGCCAUUGCUUGUAAAAGGCUUCGUUUUUUUUUUCAUAUUGACCUGUAAGAUAGUGUGAUAUACUGUGAGAGACGGAACAAAGACGAGGUUCGCUCUUUGCCAUUAAUGGAUAGCUGAAUGUUACAGUGUGACCCCCCCGGAGACAGGCGACGCUGGUCACCUCUUUGAAAUUAUUCUCAGUGUUUGUUUUCUCAACUUGCGGGAACCAAGUGGACAGCUUUGCCUUGUUUUGAGAAAAAGAAGACCAGAGGGGAGCUUGCAUGACCCAGAGUGCCAUUUGGAAAGACAGCUAAGUGUACUUUUCUGUAACCGACAACUCACCUCAUAUUAUGGAUUAGCUUGACUGUUGUGAUUUAACACCUUCCUGCUGGUGUCCUCCCUAAAACACAACAGAAACUCGUAGACCCACUUAUGAGGCUUUUCCAGGCUGAAAAGGAAUACUUCUGAUAGCUAAUGUUGUGUGUAGGGUUACGACAAUUACUUCAAUCAAUUUGUAGAGAUGUACUGAGAGAUCAGGUGGAGACCAGAAUGGAAGAGCUUUGAUAUAUUUUUCAAUCAUACUCAAGCAUUACCAGUUGGUGAUAACCGUAACUCUACUCGGUACUGCCGGAAGAAGACUUAGUCAGGUCUUUUCAGUCUCAGUAUGGUGUUUAAAAAAAGAAAAGGUGAGAAUACCUGCUGUUGAAUUGGGCUGCUACAACAAAGCCAGACCUCGGCGAGAGCUGGUCAUUUAGCUAUUUUCCUAUUUUUGUUUCGGCCGUUUUGUAGCUAAUUUUUUCUGGUAUAAGAAAAUACAGCUUGCUUAAAGAGACAACAAUGUGUACCCACCUUGGAUCAGCACAGUGUACCAAGAAAGUCUAUUUCCCAUUCCGAUUCUGAACAAGUCCCAUGUUUUGUUUUGUUUUUCUUUUCCUCAAAGCUUUUGAUUUGGGGGGUUGUGUAUUGACAAGUCAGAUUCUCCUAGUUAUCGGUAAGAAACAAGACAAUACCCCCCUAUAUGAAAAAUAAAACAACAAAAGUUGCAGAUAAAUGUUCAGUGACAUACUUGCUGUACGUUUGAGUUAUGCAUACAAUGGGGUAAAACUGGGCUAACUACAGCUAGCAUACUAGCAGCUAUCAAAUCACACUAGUUUUGUGAUCACGUUCAAUCGUGUUCUUCCCAGAUCCAACCUCUGACUUCCAAGACAAGUUGAAGACUGACCACAUGUAACAUACAGGAGAUGGCUGUUCUGCAGCUUACUUAGUUUAGUAAGUUAGUAGUUUUAUAUUUAAAAAAAUGUUACAAGUUAGUCUUCGUUUAUCAAUUGAGGCAUAUAUCCAUAACCAUUGUCUAUUUUGGUUUACUUUUUUAAGUUUACUACAAAAAAGUGUAUCAGUCAGCUGAUGCGUUUCAAGAACUAAAUUAGUGGGUCUUAGUCUUGAUGCAUUUAAUUAAUGGGGUCAAAAUAAUUUACUCUGAUCUCUUGUGGCUAGAUCGGUGCAUCUCUACAAAACAAACAGAAAAACUAAAUUCCUGAGUUCUGCAGCUCUCCCGCGUUGCAGGAAAACAGCAUUUAGAUAAAAAGUCGGUACUGUUUUAUCCCCUCUGCUCUGUCUGUGGGGAGCCUGGACCUGGUAAAGGUCAUGUAAUCCACAUGGCCUUUGUUUUAUGCGCUGGAAGGGUCACAUGACCUGUUUGGAACUACACACACGAACUGUUAAUUAUAGUUGUGCUUUCUAUGAUUGUACUUUUCUAAAGAUGUUUUCACAGUCUGCAGUUUUUUCAUUGUCCUGCUGCGUUUUUCGUUUUUUAGUCUACUGCUUCAGACGCACAAAGACAAACUGAUGUUUGUUCGUUCAUUCCCCCCGUCAGCUUACACAUGAUGACCCGUCGUAAAAUGAUCAGUUCCCUCUUUGCAUCUUUAAACAAAACAUUCUCCCACCCGGUUCUGUUAAAAAUGGAAACUAGGAAGAGUAGUUUAUUUUGCUGAACAGAUUGCCCUGGAGGUUCUGGAAAUGUCCUUUGACAGGAGUUAUUUCCUGAGUGAAUUGUCCUCCAAAGACUUGUUGGAUAAAGGAAAAACUUUGCUUCUUUAAUCACCUGCAUUAGUAAAUACCGUGUCAUCUUUGUAUACUGACUCUAGCAUUUGCUGAUUAAUAUAUUGUCAGAAUCUACAGAUUGCUUUGUUCACUCAAACCAAGAAAAUGUGAUUCCAUUAUGAGUUUUCCAUCCUGUUUGCUUUUUUUAAAAGGAAAAAAAACCUUUUCUGUCAAAUGAAUUCCAUUCUCUGUCUCAGGCCUCUGGCUGGACAUGCAUUUGCUCGAUCCUGUGCACCAAUCCCAUUCCUCUGUCCGUGUUGAACUGUAAAUAUGUCAAUUCGGUUUAUUUAUGUUUUGUUGCCGUGAUCAAUCCUUUGUGGGUUGGUGUUAUAUUGAGCGCUUCAUGCGUUGAAGUGCAUUGGAAUACGACUUCUAAUAAGUCUGAAUUUAAUAAACUGUUCUAUACAAUUUU